AUGUCUGUUCGACCGGACGUUCUUCUGAAUCAGAUGGCCGGCGUUGAUAGCAGUGACUCCGCCGUGCCUCCACUAAUCAGCGAUAUUCAUCUGCCACACGGCCUUCAGGCUGGGCCAACUCAAUCCCCUCACACAGCAGCGUCCAUGUCUCCCGGACUCCUCUGGGGCCCUCUGUCUGUAUCAGCAGGGUCCGAGUGUGCAGCAAUGGAUGCAGCGGCAUGGAUGGCAGCAACAUCGAUUAUAGAGGCAGGGGGUGCAGGAGCAAUGGAUGUAGCGGCACUGCAUGCAUUUUCGGACGAGAACGACAGCAUAGAGGCGGAGAUCAGCGCGCUACAGGACAAGAUAUGCGAGCUGCAGGCUCGCCUGCUCCACACCGUCGUUCUGAACCCGCAUACGGCGGCCGCUGACACGUCCCCAUGCCCGGAAAACGUCGCUGAAGGCGCCGCCUGUGCUCGCACUAGCAGCAGCAAUGGGAGCGUGCUGGAGGAAGCAUUGAGCCGGAGUGCCUCCAAGGUGACUUUUGAGUCGACUCAAAAGUUUGCUCGCACUAGCAGCAGCGGUGUGAGCGUGCUGGAGGAAGCGUUGAGCCGGAGUGCCUCCAAGGGUUCCGCUUUGGACGACUCGCUGCUGCUGGAUGCCGUGCUUGCAGAUGCCCUGCUGGCACAGCCGCUACUAACGGCGGAGCCAGUGGCGGAAGGUGCCUUGGCGCGCAGCGGUAACAGCGAUGUGAGCUCGUUUAGCCUGCCCGUGAGGCGGAGUGCAUCCCACGGCUCCACCCUGCACCCGUCGCUGCUCACAGACACCCUGCUGCCACAACCGCUGCCGGCAGAACCAGUGGCUGCUGAGUGUUCACCUGCACCUGAUCGUCCGGCUGUGUGCCCCAUGCAGGCCGCGAGGUCCAGUGGUAAGCGACCGCGAUCGCCGCUAUUGAUGCUGCCCGAUGGCCUGUAUCAGCAGCAGCAUGAGCACGCGCAUGGACCGUAUGUGCAUGAUCACUCUCGGAGGCAUUAUGAGGACGGGCAGGGGAUUUUGUCUCCUACCAUACCCACCUCCUGCCCCUCCCCGUGCUCCCCCCGACCCGGUCGCAUCAGCCCUCCCAGCCUUGCGUCCCUUGACCUGCGCUGCGUUGCCCACACGCGUGAGGCAAGCCAGGCAAGCCACGGCACGGCUCUGGACUCGUCCGUGCAGUAUCACCGUGACAUGCUGCACCUGCAGCGCCACUCCACCUGGCAGAUGCGUCAGCAGAAGAAGGAGAAGAAGGAACUGCACUCCCCAGUCGCUGAAGCCUGCUCGCCCCGCUUCCUGCUUCCUCGCAGGCCGUCCCUUUCUCGUCAGUCCAUGUCCCCCGGGUCUCCUCUCUCCCGCUGCUCUUCCUUGGGAGUGGGCAGCGGAGGCAAGGGCUCCACGUGCUUUGCUCCAGUGCAACGCCAUGAAGACGUGUUGCAGCAGCAGCAGCAGCAGCAGCAGCAGCAGCUGGCGCUGCUUGAAGCCGGCACGCCGAAGCAGCAGUGGGGGAAGGCUCGUGUCUUCAAACAACCCUCAUCCUCAGCAGCAUUCUUCCCUCCAGCAGCAAUGCCGGCAGCACUAGCGAUGGUUAGAGGAAGCGAGAGAGCAACAGCAGCAGCAGCAGCAGCAGGAACGGCUGACAUGAGUCCUCUGCGAGCUGUUGAGCCCAAGCAGCGGCGGCUGCUGGUGAAGCACUCGCUUCACAGCACGAGCACAGGUGACUUGCCUGUCGCAUGCUCCCACAGUGCAGCAAACGACUUGGUGGUGUUGGGGCCGGUGUCAGCAGCUGUGAAGGCACAUUCUCUUGACAGCCACCCGCUCAUCCCCUCCCUCACUCUCCCUGGCGCCUCUGUGAGCCCCAGCGCCCUGCCGCCACACCUUGCCGCCUCCGAGAUUGUUGCUCGGAUUCGUAAGACGCGGCGCCUGGCACAGAGCACAGCAGAGGCACAGCAAUUCAUGGCUGCCGCUGGUGUCGCGUUAGUUGCGCCUGUCGCGCUGGGUCUCCGCGCGCUGUUAAAGCCGUCUGGCGGCGCGCGACAGAUCACGAUCCCGGUUAUAACGCCGGCUGCACACCAGCAGCUGCUGACGUGGCAGCAGCAACAGAGACUGCGAACGUGGCAGACGCGGCGAAAUGCGUACGCAAUUGCGCUGCAGAAGCAGGAAGAGGAGCAGCAGCAGCAGCAGCAGCAGCAACAUGAGAGGGCAGCGGAGAGCGCAGGGGACGGGGUGCGAGGUGAGGAGGGGCAGUCAGCGACGGAGCGAGCACAGAAGGAGGGAGAGGGACGAGAGGGAGGGGCAGUGGGAGUAAAGGUAGGGGACAGAGGGACAGGUAGAGUGGCAACAGUGGGGGCAGAGGUAGCAGAGAGGACAGCGGGGGCCGAAGAGGCAGAGGGAGCAGCGGGAGCAGAGAGGGUAGCGGGCGCAGAGAGGGUAGCGGGCGCAGAGGGGGCAGAGGGAGAAGCGGGCGCAGGGGGGGAAAGCACAGGAGAGGGGAGCGAGGCGUGUCAAGAGGGGAGCGAGGCGUGUCAAGAGGGGAGCGAGGCGGCGGUGGAUGCGGCAGUGGCAGCGGUGAACCAGGCGGGUCAACGGCUAGUUCUCUCGAUGCGCUCCGUCGACAAGCACCUCUCCUUCUGGCGCCGCCUCGCCCUCGCGUCGCCCUCGCAGCAGCUCUGGAUCGUUCUCUUCCGACGCGGCCCGCUCGCCUUCCUCCACACGUCCCUCUCACUCUCUCUCUCACUCGCCCUCUCCGCUGCCAACCGCUACCUCCUCCCUCUCCUCCCCUCUCCCACCCUUCCCGCUUCCUCAUCCUCCUCCUUUUCUCCGCCCUCCUCUCCUUCCUCGAACCUCGUCCCGCCCAGCUCUUCCCAAUCCUCCUCAGUUUCAGCAAAUCACAUUCUGACACGUGCCACGCAGCCGCUCUCCCCUCUUGUAACUCGCCUCGCCUCGCUCUUAGCGCCCCUCUAUCGCUUCCUCUCCGCCCUCUGGAUCUCCUUACAAACCGUCCCCCUCCUCCCCCUCACCGCCCUUCCUCACCCCGUUAAACCCUUGCAAAAUCUUAUCCCAGAUCUAAGCACAUUCGGUUCCAAAACCUUCAACCUCGACUUGAAGACCCUCAACCUCAAACCCUUUUUCUUCAUCCAUCUACACCGCCUGAGUUCGUUUUUGCCGAGCCUUGCGCCAGCAGAGGGGCUGCUGCUAGGCCUGGCAGCGCCGAGCCUGCAGGGCUUGGUUCGGGAGAUGGUGGCAGAGAAAGUGGCGGUUCUGGGGGAGGUGCAACUGGCGCUGAGCGCCGCUGCUGGUCAGGUCUACCUAUCAUCAGCUGUCAUCUCUGCCCCAUCCUCCCUCGCCCUCUCCGCCCUCACCACCAACAUUACCACCACUACCACCACCAGCACCAGCAGCGGCAGCAGCAGCGGCCACACUUCCAGCACGAGGGCAUCUCCUCCCGACCCCCUCUCUCUGCUCUCCACUAUCUUACACGCCUGCCACGUGGCAAUCACACAGGCGUCAGGGAUUGACGGGGAGAAGCCGACCCCGGCCGCAGCGGGCCGGGAGGGAACGGUUGAAGGCAGUGGUGCGUGUAGCGAAGCUGUGAAUAACGAGGCAGGAGGGGUUUUGAGUGGUGCUGGAGUAGUAGCAACAGGUGACAGCGAGUUAGCUUCAGCACAAGCAGUAGUGACUGCUGCAGUGGUGGCACCGGCGGUGGUGUCACCAGCAACAGUGUGUGGGCAGGCGAAGCAGCUGAACAAAGAUCUGAAGGCUCUGGAGCAACUGGUCUCUGCUGCGGUGGCGCGCUGCCAUAGGCCGAGGCACGCGGCGCAGCACUGGCUGGAGUACCUGGCAGGGGGGAUGUGUGGCGUGGCGGUGGGAAGCUGGCUUGUGCGGCACAGCCGGCUGAACGGCAGUGAUGACCUCGACAGGUGGGCUGCAGAUGGGUGGAGAGCGGUGACAGGGUUCGUCACAGACCACAUCUGGCAGCCGCUGUCAGCGAUCAGUGCAGAACUCUUUCACACGUUCGGUGACCAGCAGAGAGGCAACGUGUCCAUGCACGACGUGCAGGCCUCCACGGAUUCCCUGAGGAGAAUGCUGCUGACCUUUGUUGAGAAAACCCAGCCACUGGCACUCGAAAACACCAGCACCACAACCACCACGACCAGCACCAGCACCAGCACCAGCGGCGGCAGUGGCAGCAGCGGCAGCGGUAGCGGUAGUACAGGAGCAGCGGAUGCAGCCAUGGGAGCAGCAUUGCCAUCGGAGUCGGAUCUGAUGGCAUUGGUGAUGCGCGAGUAUGAGAAGGACAUGGCCAACCCCCUCACUCACCUCCUCACGGGGAGGCUGGCUGAGGCGCUGCUGAUUCAGGUUCAAAGAAUGAAGCUUCACAUUGAAAC